AUUUGCUAGAAUCUGUGAGCAUCGGAACUAACCGAGCCGCCACAAUAUAAACUAAAUAAUAGUCCUCGUUUCGAAUUUUUUUUCGCCACACACAAACACACAAAAAUGAAGAGUUUUCUGAUUCUUUUGGGUUUCGCGGCUCUGGCGGCUGCCGAUGUCAAGCACCUGACAGACCGCAAUCUGGACCUCUUCAAGUACAACCCCAGCGACAUCUACACCCUGCCCGAGGACAUCGAUGACGAGAAGCCGGCGGUGCACUUCAGCGGCGACGUGAUGAAGGCCAAGACCGAGACGCUCCAGAACUACAAUUCCGGCAAGAAAUUCAAGCUUGAAUUGAAGACCCAGAACGGAAUCGAAGUGAGCAGCGUGGGCAAGCUGAAGGACGACAAGACCUUUGUGGUCAGCGGUUCCUACUCGUUCACUGGCGCCGAUGGCAAGCGGUACAGGACCCGGUACACCGCCGAUGAGUUCGGCUACCACCCCAUCACCGAGCUGGAUCUGGACAUUCCCGAGCCCCAGCCUUUGGCCGCUGCUGGACAGCGUCAAACCGUGGAUCCCAGCAGCCUGUUGGGCAACAAGAACCGCUUCCAGUUCCUGCAGCAGAACUUGGGCUCCGAUCAGGGACCUCUGCGCGGCAGUGGACAGAGUGGCGAUGACUACAGCUACUCGUCUCCCUACGGAAACGGAAAUGGGAACGAGCACGGAAAUGGCUACGAUUACCAGCCCCCUAAGGUGCCUCUGUCGACGCCCUCUCGUCUGUAUCUGCCCACGGCAUAAGUUUUAUGCCCACGCCAAGAAAAGAAAACACAAAAUACCUACCCCAACCCCCCAACCCGUUUCCCGAUCCCUGAUUUUCCCCAGCUGCAAGUAUUUAGUUUUUUAAGUGCAACUCCAACAGGCAAAAUGAAGAGUAAACAAGGCAAAUCACAGAGCUAGCGAAAUUUUUUUUUAUCAUUUUUUAGUGUUAUAUACGGAGCACAAUUUUAUAUAUGAUAUUAUACCUAUACACAAUGAUAUAUGUUAUGUAUCUACCCCACACACACACACACACACAAAACACACACACACAAAACAAAAAACACAAAAACUUAAAAAAAAACAAAAACACACAAACACACAAAUCCCGACAAAAGACACAAACGAAUCUAUGUAUAUACACUGAGUGAUAUUAGUAGUAAAUAAAAUGGCUAAACUAACGAUCAAAA